AUGGGGGUAGGUCACCACCUGGCUCUGUUACAGAAAAUCAACCACUUCCCUGGCAUGACGGAAAUCUGCCGCAAAGAUCUGCUGGCUCGGAACCUCAACCGCAUGCAGAAACUCUAUCCCACGGAGUACAACAUCUUCCCCCGCACCUGGUGCCUCCCUGCAGACUACGGGGACUUCCAAUCCUACGGUCGUCAGCGAAAAACCCGCACUUACAUCUGCAAGCCGGACAGCGGCUGUCAGGGACGCGGCAUCUUCAUCACCCGAAGUCCCCGGGAGAUCAAGCCAGGAGAGCACAUGAUCUGCCAGCAGUACAUCUCCAAGCCCUUCCUCAUUGACGGCUUCAAGUUCGAUAUGCGAAUCUAUGUCCUCAUCACAUCCUGCGACCCUCUUCGGAUUUUCAUGUACGAGGAGGGCCUGGCCCGCUUCGCCACGAUGCCCUACGCGGAGCCCAACAACAGCAACCUGGAUGAUGUCUGCAUGCAUCUGACCAACUAUGCCAUCAACAAACACAACGAGAACUUUGUCCGAGACGACGCUGCGGGCAGUAAAAGGAAGCUGUCGACGCUCAAUGCCUGGCUGCGAGAACACGGCUACGACCCCCGAGAGCUGUGGGGGCACAUCGAGGACAUCAUCGUCAAAACCAUCAUCUCAGCCCAUUCUGUUCUUCGCCACAACUACCGCACCUGUUUCCCCCACUAUCUGAGCGGAGGUACAUGUGCCUGUUUUGAGAUCCUUGGUUUUGACAUCUUGCUGGACCACAAGCUGAAACCCUGGCUGCUGGAGGUAAACCACUCCCCGAGCUUCACCACUGACUCCCGCCUUGAUCGCGAAGUGAAGGACGCACUUCUCUGUGAUGCCAUGACACUUGUCAACCUCCGGGGCUGUGACAAAAGGAAGGUGAUAGAGGAGGACAAGCGGCGAGUCAAGGAGCGGCUUUUCCAGUGCCACCAGCAGCCACGAGAAGCCAGGCGAGAACAAACUGAACUGUCGCACGCAGCGAUACUGGACCAGGAGCGCCAUGAGGACUCCCACCUCGGGGGGUACCGGCGGAUCUAUCCUGGGCCUAACACGGACAAGUACGCACCCUUCUUCAAGCACAACGGCUCCCUCUUCCAGGAGACUGCUGCUUCCAAGGCUAGAGAGGAGUGUGCCAGACAGCAACUGGAAGAGAUCCGCCUUAAGCAGGAACAGCAGGAGACCUCAGGAAGUAAGAGGCGGAAGGAGAGCCGGGACCAGAACCAGGGUGAAUCAGCGAGAGAGAAGAGCCGAUGCAGGGCCGGACUCCGGGGACUUCCCGCCCACUUGGCUUACAGGAACCGGAACCAGGAGAAAGAGCUGCUCCCUGUACACGUGGAUACCAUGCAUCCUCAAGAAAUCGUGGAAGAGGAGGAGCUGGAGCGGAUGAAGGCCCUGCUACAAAGGGAGAAUCUCAUCCGAAGCCUCGGUAUCAUAGAGCAACUCAGCCACAUGCUGCACCCCAGCCACCGGGGCCACAGAAGUCUUCACGAGUAUCGGCCUAGAUUUCACCAGGACGGGCUGGGCAGUCAAGAACUGCAAUCUGUGAGUCUGGUCCCACUGGUCCUCCCGAGAGGGGCCACCAAAGAGCAGGGCCCUCCUCACUUCCUGCAUCCAGUUCGGCCCCACGAAUUGAUCCCCAGGAUCUUAGGGCCACAGCCAAGCAUGAAUGCUGCAAUUCCACAUCAUUCCUGGUGCCAUCUACAGCCCAAGAACUUCAACUGGAUUGGAGAUCGAGCAGCCAUCGGCCCGUCUUCGUUGUCAAUGAAAGCAUCGGGAAGGCACUGUUUUCCCAGUGCCAGAGUCAGGCUCAGUAGCCAAGGCCAAGCGGGCAGAAGGCUAGAAGCCAUAAACAGAGCCCUGGCAGGAUCAGUGCCAUCUUCUUUAACCCCAAAGCAGGGCUAUCUUCUGCAACCGGAAAGAGUGGCAAGUAGCUCAUGGACUCACUGCACCUUGCCCUCGGUGGUAGACACCGAACACAGUGCACCCAAGGCCCAGGAUCUCGCUCUCUGCCCUGCCUCUACGCCCCUGAUGCAGCAUACCACUCCACUCCUUGACAUCAGCCGCCACCGGUAA